CUGUGAAGCAUUCAGGUAUGAUAUAUAAUGCAAGCUAAGCACUGAGAAGUACAUUUCAAACAUGAAAGGUACAAUCAGAGAACUAAAUAUACCAGUGAUGUAUUGAUUUGCUGUCAUGGCAAAUAUUUUAAAAGGAAGGAUACGCACAAAAAAAGGAACAUCUCUAUUCAAAAUGGAAGAUGUACGCAAAAAGAAAACGUUAAUAUUUUAUUAUUUGUCGAUAUCACCGUUUUAUUUUCAUCAACAAACAUAUAAAAAUCCUUAUUUUUAUAACUACACCUCUUGUCAUUUAGUUGAUGACAGCUGUCAUUUCUUCUUAAUAAAUAUCUCGAUUCUUAUUUCCACCAAGUUUCCAUAUCUAAUCUUCUGCACAUACGAAGCAGACUGCAACCUAAAAUAUAAAUUUAGUUUAAAUAAAGAUAACAUACUUUGGAAUAGCUAA